ACAUCUGGCGGGGGGAGGUGGAGCUGCCGCUGGGGAGGCUGAUUGAGGCAAAGUUGGUGGUGCUGGGGCCGGGCGAGGGCGAGCAGCGCUGGGAGGCGGGUCCCAACCGCACCCUCACCCUGCAGCCGCCGCCUCGGGAGGACUGGCUGCUCCCCGCGCCGCCGACACCACACGCUGCCACCACUGCCACUGCUGUCACGGACACCGCCAACUCGGCAGCGGGCUCCUCCUCCGCCUCCCUCUCCGCUGCUACCACAUCGCCCGCUUCUUCCUCCUCUUCUUCUUCCCCCUCCCCCUCCACCUCUCCCUCCCCCUCCCCCUCAUCAUCAUCUGCGUGCGGGUCCGUGUCGGGUCACUACGUGGUGCUGUGCCACUGGGGCAUCACCGGCUGCACGCAGGCACUCUACCGACCCAACCUGGCAGCACCGUCGUCUGAGAUGGAAGAUGAGGAGGCGGGGGAGGAAAGCUCUCGACAGGAGAAUAACACCGGCAGCCUUACCACCAGCGGCGGAGGUGACGCUAUUUCCGGUAGUAGUGGCAGCAGUGGUCUGACUGACCGCGAGGUUCUCUCCCUGGUUCACUUCACGGUUCCGCAGCACGUGACGGUGCCGGGUCAGCACCUGGUGCUGGUGGGGUCGCUGCCGGCGCUGGGCGGGUGGAACCCGGCGGGCGGGGUGCAGCUGCGGUGGGGGCCGGGGCACGUGUGGAGCGCGGAGCUGCCCGUGGGGAGGCUGCAGGACUUUGAGGCCAAGGUUGUUUACUACGAAAACGGCAGCUACAGUUGGGAGCCGGGUCCCAACCGCUCCGUACGGCUGUCGGAAGUGCUGGCGGGCAGCGGCGGACGGGCGGG